AUGUCCCACCGCCUGCGUCGAACGGGUCCCGGGGGUUCACAACGCUCAAGGCAAUCAGUCCUGGUGACCGCUGACGAUGCUUACACCUAUGCCCUCCGCUGCGCUUACCUGGCCUACCUGCUCCAGCCUCGUCCUAGGCGGCAGGUCCCCGCUCCCGCCCCUCCACAGAUCCAUCGUUCAUCGACCAGCUUCCACGAGUUGAUGCGGGAUUUCUCUAGCCACACGAGCCGAGGAUCGAAGGGAAACAAGUUUCCUAAAGGCUUUCUACCCGCCCUUCAGCCGAGGCUAGAAGGUGUGGUUAUGGGAAGGGAGUUUGGUGCCGAAUACAAAGAUGCUGCUGUGAAGCGAACAUUCGGAGCCUUCUACGCCGCUUUCAGGGAGCCUCGUUUCUAUGAGGGAGUAGCGAAGUCUCGACGGGCUGAGGACUUAGUCUUGAUCUUUUACUCCUCGGCUACUAAGGAAUUGCAGAAGGUCAAGCAAGAUGAUUCAUGGAAAUGGCUGACGGACCGCCAUGUUGCAUUAUUCGUGAGGCUUAUGUACAGCGUCCUUAAGGAUAAGGAUUGGAUCGGGAGUUACCCCGAAUUGGCGUCACAAUUAGCCACUUUGGAAUCUAAGCUGCUUCAACAUGAUCAGAACCUGGCUGAGGAGACCCCGCGGACUUCGACGGCGAUGGUCGCGGGCCCCCCGGCACCCUUGAGCUACAACGUCAAUGACAUGCCCCUGGUGAAGGUGGUAGCUAGGGUUUUCGGUGUAUCUCUGCAAACAUGUCAGCAAGACAUUAACAUGAAUAAGCCCAUUUGGACGGAGAAGGCAGCCCUCAUGGAUAUGAAGGCAUAUAGUAAUAACUUAAGUCUCGGCAAUACUAGACGGACAUUGCGGAGUGACGAUUUUGAUACGGAUGAAGCAUGGGAAGCGUGGCGGAGGUUAGAGACACCGGCUCUCUCCCAGAUCAUGCUCGGAAUUGUACAGUCAAACCCUUCGGAGCUUGCGAAAACGACUUCUGGUCCGAGCCCGAUUACGGCUCGACCACAGUCUUUGCAGCAAAGCAGUGCAUAUCCCUAUCAUGACCUUUCACGCUCAUCCACAUCGUCGGAUGCAUCUUCUUCUUUGUACGGCUAUGACUACCCGGCCGACAUGGGAAAUUUCGAUGUGUCCUCUCCUGUCGCUGAUGACACGCUUGACACGCCGUAUACCUAUAUUCCACCGGACCCUCGAGUCUAUUUUCGCCACGUGGUUGAAAAGUGCCUUUCGUACGACCUUCGGGAUCCUGAUGCUCUUCCGAUGGACAUCCCAGGGGCUGAUCCUACAGUACUUCUUUCGAAGAGCUCAUUGGAUCUUUUGAGUGAGUGUUGUACACGCUGGCGCAUUCCACAGUUUUCUAGAUCAAUCUUGUUCUUGGAUGCUAUCCGGAAGUUUUAUCAGGACCAAGACAUCGACCUUGUUACUUUGGAUACCGCUUGGCUAUAUGCUAAGGGGUCCACCGAUUUUGAUUGGCGAACUUGGACGGUAGCGGAUCAAAACCUCUAUCGCCAGAUAUUGUCAUCUAUCCAUGGUAGCCUCCUCGGAGAUCUCUAUGAUCUUCUCCAACAUGCAUUUGACCCAAAAACUAAGCCCAUUGGGCGGGUUAUGUAUAUUCUAAACCAGCACAUAUACGAGGACCCAUUAUUCACAUCGAGUAGCUUGGAAAGCUACAUUGAACAAUUGAAAGAUGGGUUACGGAAUAAGGCAUCUGAAGUACUCAAGGAAAUUGUUAGCGAGCUACCCCAGGAUAGAAACGAGUUGGAUCCGUUUCACCUGGUUGAAUUGACUCAGAAAAUUGUUAAGCUAGCGGAGAAAAUUAACAAACGCUUUAAAGAACCUAUCAUGGGGUCCGUGGAUCCAAUGGUGAUAUUUGUUGAGGUUGUGUUUCCAGAAUAUGCUGCUGUUGCACGGGAUGUAGUUCUUGGGAUUAUGCAGGCGUACCAAGAAAAGAACCAAGAGGUGGAGAUCGAAGACGGAUUCGAUCUUUACAGGGAGCUAUCGGAGAUUCGCCGAAUCUAUGGAGACAUGUUUCCCAAAAACAAAUUCCCAAUUCAUCUUGAAGAUUUUCUAGCAGACUUUGUGUGGCGCUGGAUUAAGAAUACUGAUGCCAAAGUGAUCGGCUGGGUUGAUGAAGCUAUCAAGCACGAUGACUUUAUUAUAAGGAUUCGUGAGGAGCAAGGGCGCGAGCCCACGGAUGAUGAACGCCACACAAUGUCUGUAGUGGAUAUUUUCCGCUCGCUGAAUCAGACGGUCGAUUACAUCAAGAAGCUCGAAUGGAAGGACGACGUUCAGCAUGGGAAAUUCAUGACGGCUUUAGCCAAGACCCUUGGCAGUGGAAUUGCCAGAUACUGUGAAGUGUUAGAAAAGCUGUUUACCUUUGAAAUGGAUAGACAAACUCCGGAACAGGAAGCCGCAGCGCGCCAAACAAGGCAGCAAAGAUGGAUGGCUAUGGCGCGAGACGCGUGGAGUAAUAAGGAUAAAAUUGAGCCAUUCCAAUUUGCUCCAGAGUCGUGUACAAAACUCAAUAAUGUUGAAUUCGCCCUUCAACAGCUUGAUAAGUUGGAGCACACUGUCAAUGUUGACGGGGUUGCAGCAACACUUGCAAGACACUCUCCACCCGUUACUCAACAAAGAAAGAAAUCCAGUAACUAUGUUUUUACUAUCAAGAUCGUGGAGGCUGAAGACCUGAAAGCUAUGGAUAUUAAUGGCUUCAGCGAUCCUUACGUAGUUUUGGGCGACGAAUAUCAGAAGCGAUUGGCAAAAACUAGAGUCAUAUACAGCAACCUCAACCCGAGGUGGGAAGAGACAGUGGAUAUUACUACACAGGGGCAGAUUUGGUUGACAGCGACGGUGUGGGAUUGGGAUACUGUCGGAGACCAUGACUGUGUUGGGAGAACUAGUAUUAAGCUGGACCCAUCCAACUUCGGGGAUUUCCUGCCAAAGGAAUACUGGCUUGAUCUGGAUACUCAAGGAAGGCUUUUGCUGAGGGUUAGUAUGGAAGGUGAACGAGAUGACAUUCAGUUUUGCUUCGGAAGAGCGUUCAGGACACUGAAGAGAACUGAAAGGGACAUGACACGGCAGAUUACAGAUAAGUUGUCUGCAUAUAUCCAUCACUGCCUCUCGCGCUCUGCUCUGAAGAGUGUACUUUCUAAAGGGUAUAGCAUAUCAGCAGUCUCCAACUUAUUUAGUCGUACAGGGCUGGGUGGUAAUCGCCCACCGUCAACCGAAUUUCGCAAUCUUGAAUCAAAACUAACUAGUGCUGCCUUGACUUUGGUAAUGUCUAAGCUGUGGAAAGAGGUUUUGGUUACUAUUGAAGGCCUGCUUGUGCCCACGCUUUCAGAUAAACCAUCUCAACAAAAACAGUUAUCUCCACAAGAGACCGAGACGGUCUUUAAAUGGUUACAGCUCAUGUUCGACUUCUUCCACGCUGUGGACGAACAUACAGGCGAAGCAACCGGUGUCCCAAUAGACGUCCUCAAAUCCCCAAAAUACCACGAACUCCAAUCCCUAAACUUCUUCUACUUCGAAUCAACCGACAACCUAAUUCGCACAUCAGAACGCAUGGCCAAUGCCUCCGCGGCCCGUCAACAGCAGGCCCGCCAGAAGUUGAUAGAAAAGAAUAAUCCGGCACCCACAAGCUUUGGCGGAUUCCUCGGAGUCCCAGGCGCGAAGCGCACGAAAUCUGUUUUGAUGAGUAGAAACCUGGGUACUAUGCGGAAAGCAAAGGAAGAGAAACGCAGAGAAGCCCAAGCUGAGCCCAACGAUGAUAUGAUUUUACGAAUCCUACGUAUGAGGCCGGAGGCUGUGUCGUACCUCAAAGACCGCAACAGACAGAAGGAGAGGCUCGCUGCUGCGGCGGCGGCCGAAGCGAUCGUUCGUCAGAGUAUGGGUUCCGGUGGGGGGAGGAUGGGAACGAUGGUCCCUGGUGGCCCUUCUAGAAGGUGAUUUUAGGCUUUUUUUUUCUUCGAUAGUGCUGGGGAGUUAUAUUCUUAAUGUCCACUCUACUCGAGUACACUACCCUGCUCUACUCGUUGGCGUUAGUUAUCUGGCUUGGC